AUGGCCGCGGUACGAGCCCAACUCGAGGAGCAAGACAUGGAGGUCGAUGAAGCGCCAGACGAUGACGAAUUGCGCGAGACUUACAACUUUGCUCCUGGAUACUACGGCGCUGUCUACCGGGGGGAAGAAGCACAAGAGAGCCAUGGCGAAGAAGAUGCACCCGAGGACGACAGUCAUCAAGAACUCCCAGAGAGCACAGCAGAAAGUGGAGGUACACAAGAUAAGAAAACAAGAUAUAAACUGCAGAAGAUGCGAUGGGGCCUGAUCCCAUCCUGGACAAAACGACAGCCCAACUACGGAUCAAUGAUGCGCACCAUCAACUGCCGCGAGGACUCCCUGAUCGACGACCGAGGGAUGUGGACAUCAAUGAAGCGGAAAAAACGCUGCGUAGUCGUCUGCCAAGGGUUUUACGAAUGGCUCAAAAAGGGCCCAGGUGGUAAAGAGAGAGUACCGCACUAUACGAAACGUAAGGACAGCGAUUUGAUGUGGUUUGCCGGGUUGUGGGAUUGCGUUCAAUAUGAGGGCGGAGUAGGCUCGGAUGAGAAGCUUUAUACUUAUACGAUUAUCACGACUGACUCUAACUCGUAUCUCAAGUUUCUGCACGACCGCAUGCCUGUCAUUCUGGAGCCCGGCAGCGAGCAGAUGAAGACAUGGCUCGACCCUCGACAAACCACAUGGACGCCAGAGCUACAGUCGAUCCUCAAGCCGUAUGAUGGGGAGCUAGAUUGCUACCCAGUGUCCAAAGAGGUCGGCAAAGUCGGGAACAACUCGCCAGACUUUGUUGUGCCGGUCAACAGCAAGGAAAAUAAGAACAACAUUGCCAAUUUCUUCGCCAAUGCGAAGAAGAAGACAGAUGGCCCGAAGACUGAGAUUGAAGAGACUGAAUACAUGCAUCAACAUGAGCAAGAUAAUGCGCCAAAGUCGGUGCCUCCAGAAGAAGCCGGUGAACCUCCGCGAGGGACCAAAAGAGAAUUUCCGUCUGAAGAUGGGGAUACCAUAUCGUCGAUCAAGGCUGUAAAAGCAGAGCAACCAUCUCCUAUAAAACCCACCUCCAAAGUCACAGGCAGACCCAUGCGCAGCGCAACGACAAAUAAAUCUUCGCCUCGCAAGGGGAGGAGUUAUGGUACGAGCAAACAAGCAAGCGACGGGUCACAAAGGAUAACAAAUUUCUUCAAAUAA